AUGUCUACAGCGCACAAUCUUCGCCAUUUAGCUGAUACUGUUGAACAGUUAAGCGAUCGUUUGUCUUCUUUGCAACCAUCCUCAUUGGAACAAUUGGAACAGUGGCGUGCUGAAGCAUACCGUACAAUUGAUGAAUACUGUGAACGAAAACGACACGAUCUAAUUGAAAAGAGACAAAUUCAUGAAAGAAAAGAAUUAGAUCUUCUUCGAUCACGUAUUACCCAUCUAAUCGAUCGACAUGAUGAUAGUAAGGAAUCGUACGAUGCUGUCAAUCAUGAUCUUCAAUUGGAAGAAAUCAAAAUCAAUGAUCUUGAACAUCAACGAUUUACACUUCGUCCUUUAGUUAUUCAAGAUGAACAUCUUAUUGUUCGACGACGUCUCUUUCCAUUAUCACAUCCAUACCAAAGCAUUCAUUUGAGAUCCGGUUUGGAAAGUGCAGUUGGAACAAAUACAAAACAUCUCCUUGUCGAUCGAGAAGGUAAAGAUCUAUGUUUACUCGAUCGAAAUUUAUCGAUCAUCGAAGAGGUGCCGUUUACACACAAUGGUAUUCACGGAAUAUGUUGGUCAUCGCGAUUAUCUCGAUUUAUUUUAAUCACAUUCAAAGAAAUCCUUCUACUUGAUGAAAAAACAAUGAAACUAGAACGAAGUCCUAUAACUCCAGGCAAACAUGAUUGGUGGCGCGGUACAUGUUCAAAUGAAACGCUAUUUCUUUCGACAGUCGAAUGGGGUUCAGCUAUUUACGAGUAUGAAAUCGGUGGAUCAUUUCGAUUAAUUAAAGAAUGGCAUACACCAGUAACUUGUAAAAAAGAUGAAAUCAUAUGCGACUUAAAAGUCAAUGCUGAUUUCCUUGGUAUGCCGAUUUAUAGUAAACAUAAAGAAGAAAGUCGAUUCGAACUACGUUCGAUAUUAACUAUGGAAACACUCUGGUCCGCUCGUAUUCAUGGACGUUGUCGUUGUUGUUCAAUCGAUACUGAUCAAUGGCUAGUGAUGGAUCAUGAUGAUUGCCGAUUUUUUCAUAUUUCAGCCGAUGGAAAACUUUUAGAAACGAACAAAUACGAUCAACAUGAACGAUUAGAAGACAUUAUUCCAUGGGGCAAUGAUGAUAUCGUUGUAUUAACAAAGAAGAAUAUUUAUCUACACAAAUUUGAUUGA